GGGACGUCCCUCGGGUCCAGGAUGCCAGAAUGCCCAUCACUCAGGACAAUGCCCGUAGCCUCCUCACACUGUUGGAGGACUGGCUCAGGGCUCAUGCCACACCACUACACCAAGACCACACCCACGGUCCUGACACUUGUGCCUGCAAGCCUGUGGACUCCGACCAGAACCAGGAAAGUAACAGCGUCAUUAAAAGUAACCGUGAUCAUGAUGUCAACAUGGAUAAUAUGUCACUGUGUAUGGCUUCUAUCCAUAAACUGGUACAGUAUAUUAAAUUCAAUUUCUUUGAGAGUGACACUGCCCCACUAGCCAGCCCUACGUUCUCCAUGGAGGUGCUAGACUUGGAGAUCCACGCUGUUUGCCUCAGUAAAAGUGUGGGGGAUGCCACAGAGUUUGGACUCAGCUUUGGAAAUAUCCCUAUUUUUGGGGAUCCUGGGAGAAAGAAGAAAAGAGGCCCAAGGAGGAGAAGAGAUCAAAGUCCCAUCAUGGAUGUUGGUUGUAUCUGGGUGACAGAAGUGAGGAAAAAUAGUCCAGCCGCCUACUGUGGGAGAAUCAAACUCCGAGAUGAGCUUCUGUCACUCAACGGGCAGCUGAUGGUUGGAGUGGAUGUCAGUGGUGCAAGUUACCUGGCAGACCAGUGUUGGAACGGAGGAUGCAUCUACCUAAUAAUGUUGCGCCGUGUCAAACGAAAGGCUCCCCUCCCUCCGUGUAAUGCUAAUGGAAAUGUGAGUCUUUGGCACAGUGAGUCUGAUGGCUACCAGGGACAGUUCCACGUCCGUGCUGCUUCACGGGCUCCUGCCAACUCGGACAGUGCCAAACUGAUACGCAAGUUUGGCAUCAUAUCCCGGUCAUCCUUCACUAAAGGCAAGAAGUGCAGGACUAGAAGUGGAGACUCUGAACCUCAGAGCUGUUCCAGUGAGUCUGAGGAAUGCAUGUCUCCUGACGGAGGAUGUAUUUGUCCAGACGAGGACAUGAGCUGCACAUUUUCCAGGGGAGUGUCUGCAGAGGAAAGAACAGCAGGAGACACAUUUCAUCACAAGGCAAAUGUUUCCCAUCAUCAGCACAGUGGAAGCACGGCCACUUUGCCUGAAAGGUGUCGCAGUCAGCUGUCAGAAGACCAGGUGGAUUCUCUCAGCACAGAAUCCUGGUGCCAGUGUCGAGAAGGCAGCCAUAUCUGGAAAAUGCACAUGGUGAAGGGUGAAGACGGUCUUGGCAUACAGAUAACAGGAGGCCGCGGCUCCAAACGCUCUCCUCAUGGCAUCAUCAUUUCCCAUAUUGAAGAUGGUGGUGCAAUUCAGAGGGAUGGUCGUUUACGUGCUGGUGAUGAGUUGCUGAUGAUUAAUGGACAGUCUCUAGUGGGUCUGACUCACCAGGAGGCCGUUGCCAUCUUCCGCUCUACGACAGGUCUGAUUCAGCUGGUGGUGGCGAGCAGGGAAGAGUCAGAGGUGGGUUUCCAGGGCUUCCUGUCUACCAGUAUGCCAGACCUGGUCAGUACUGGCAGCUCGUCUUCAUCUCUCUGUGAGACCUGUCGCUCAGUGCACCUUGCCAACAGCAGCACCAUGGCUGACCACUGCCUGAUGACUAAACUGGAGAAACUAGAAGACCAAAGUAAAGAUGUGCCAGUUAAAAUAUUGACUCAUAGCUCCACACCUGUGAGGAUUGGCAGCCAAUCUCAAGGGGGUCUGAGCCGCCUCGCGUCAGUUGGUGAGGAUGACGAGCUGUUUGUGGACAGUUACAUGACUGAUAGUGACGUGGUAGAGAAGCUGCCACCUGGACAACGUAAGCACUCCUUACCACAACAACUAGAUGGCGCUGCAGUGCAACAGGAGCAUCACUCAAUUAAGAAAUCGGCGCGGUCCCUCAGUACCACUCAAGUGGAGUCUCCAUGGCGACUGGCACAUCCAUCCAUUAUCUCCAGUAUCGUGCUGAUGAAAGGCCAGGGCAAGGGCCUUGGAUUCAGUAUAGUUGGCGGGCAGGAUUCAGUGCGUGGCCAAAUGGGGAUUUUUGUCAAAACCAUUUUUCCUCACGGAGCUGCAGCUGCUGAUGGACGACUGAAGGAGGGUGAUGAGAUCCUGGAGGUGAAUGGAGAGUCUCUGCAAGGUCUCACACACCAACAGGCCAUUCAGACGUUCAAGCAACUAAAAAAAGGUGUAGUGAUGCUGACUAUUCGCACCCGUCUCCGGAGACCCAGUCUAAUGCCCUGCCCAACCCCGACUCUACUAAGCCGAUCCAGCUCACCCAGCUCCAACACAAGUGGAGGAGUGCUUGCUGCUUCAGGAUUUGAAGAUCUGGAUAACUACAGGAGUCCUGGCCCUGGUCCCAAAGACUGCAUCAUUAUGGAGGUCUCCCUUAAAAAAGAGCCUGGUGUUGGUCUGGGGAUUGGACUUUGCUGUUUGUCCCUGGAGAACUCUGCACCUGGCAUCUAUAUCCACAGCCUGGCACUGGGAUCUGUAGCCAAGAUGGAUGGCAGACUCAGUCGUGGUGAUCAGCUGUUGGAGGUGGACUCAGUGAGUGUUCGCCAUGCUGCGCUGAGUGAUGCUUACGCCAUCCUCAGCGAAUGUGGUCCUGGACCAGUCAGCAUCAUCAUAAGUAGACACCCUAGUCCCAAGGUAUCAGAGCAGGAGAUGGAUUGCAUCAUAGCUCGAACCACACAAAGGAACAAAACUGGCAAGAAUAGACACUCGUCUCACAGCCAAGGUAUUCCUGAUACAAGUCCUUCCCUAACAAUGAAGACCAGGCAAACAGAUGGCUCCCCAACUCUCAGCUGGACCAUGAAGAGAUUUCUUGAACCUGCAAGUCAAGAAGGGUCCCUGAACUCUGAGACAGACUUAUCACAGUAUUUCUCUCCGGAAGAGUCCGGCCACUCCUUCCAGUCUGAGUCUAUGCUGCUGGUUCCAAACAGUUUUGAGGUGCUGCAUCAGAGGAGCUGCACCACCCCUGAGGUCAACAGGUCCACACAUGCACAUGAAUUGGAGUUUGACGUUGUGUGUCACCCCUCAGAAGUCCCUCUUGAGCAACAUGUGGAGACAACAUGCCAGCUAACUCCUGCCACCAUAGUCCAAAGCCCUCUUCUUCAUCAGCAAAAGAUUACAUGUUUUGACAGUGAAGUCAGUCAUGAUGAUGAUCCUGACAGUACUGGAAAUACUGCUUUCCAAAGGCCAUCAAAUUCUAAGAACGCAAAUUGCAGUAAUGUUUCACCAUCGCACUUCCCAGUAAAUGGCCAGGCAGUUGUCACUGGUACAUCAUUCUUGGAGGUGGAGGUACAGAAUGAAUACUAUGAGAAUUUACAGAAGUGUGAAAAUCAUGACAUGCCUACACCCGUCUCUGACAAAGACAUUACAGAUAAGCUAAUGUCAGACUUGAUGUCUAUCUGCUGCUCUUUGGAGGUGUCAGGCAGCAUCCACUCUGGGUCCAGUCACUUGACCGUCAGUAAUUGUAACCACGUCAAUCAAAGUGAUGAACACUUGGAGCCAAAACAUUCCCCCGACUUUGAACAUAAAGCAUUUGCGCAUGUUAAAAGUGGGAUCACCACAGAAGCACCAAACCUGCCACAGCCAAAAACCACAGCUGAUGUGAUUUCUUCACAGUUGGCACUGUUGGAACCACCAUCCCAAGCUUCAGACUGCAGCACAAAUCCCAGGACUUUGGAUGGUCUGACACAUCAGCAGCACUGUAAGGACGGAGGUGAUACUGACACUGUGAUCCUGAAGAGAAGUGAGGAGGAAUCAUUUGGACUUGAUCUUGAGAUUACCUCCUCCCCUCUGAAAGUUGUCAUCACUGGGUUGAAGCCUGGAGAUGCUGCACACAGGGAGUCCAUGGGUAGGCUCAGUGCUGGAGAUGUGAUUGUAGCAAUUGGAGAUAAACUGGUUAUCAACUUUAGUUAUCAGGAAAUCUGUGAGCUCAUGCACAACCCUCCCAUAACACUGUCAUUGCAGAUAAAGAAACCACCAUCGGCUGUAGAUCAGUUAUCCAGUUUGGACAUAUCAUCACAAAACCAGGGUGGAGCUUCCAGACUGUCACCAGACACGUGUGUUCAGGGAGCAAACAAGGAAGGACAAAGAACAAGAAUAAAUCCACACAAGGCUCUGGAGCAAACCAAUUCAAAGCCUGCAAACCAAACAAACUAUAAUGUCGAUAUACUUGAAACCACUAUCAAUAAUAUUAUAACAAAAGGGAGUGAUGAUGAUUUCUGCUCCAUUUCCCCUGUCAAUGCAGCAACCAGUGAGUCUGUAUCCUGCUGCUCAGACCCCCAUUCUGGAAGCCAAUCCACUCCGCUGGACUUCAGUGUGCCAGACCAAAUAAAGAACAAAAGUGAUAUCCUGCAUCAGGACAAAGCCGUUUUAGAUACAUUCUUUAUUAAUGCAAACCAACUUACAGAAUACAACUCAUGGUUUUCAAAUCACUCGAGCAUGGACAGGCUCAGUGCCAAACAUAUGCACCCUGUGGCUGAGGACACGGACUACAAGAAAGGUUCCACCAGUGAUGUUAAUAUGAUGGACGGCUGCGCUGCUGCUCUUGAAAAACUGUCUUCUGAUGAAGUGGAACAGUCAUUCCUUCAUGAUAAGCCAUCAACUGCUGUUAUUCACUUUAUAGAGCCACAAAAGGAGAAUUUGUCUUCACAGCAUGGCCACAGUCAUACGGUGAAGCUGCGUCACACAGUAGAAGUGGCACCGGUCCCGCCUGUUCUCCCACUUGCAAACAAAGAAAACUCUCUUCCGACAAACCAGUGCUCACAGUUUUCUCACUCAUCUGGGAUACCUUCUACUCAUGAGCCAUGCCAGCCUCCCAACAACACAAUACCUUUGACGUCUAUGGAUAUUCCCAUCAGGCAAUGCAACAAAGACGAUGCACACAUGGGAUCAAGUCCCCAGUGUCUUGACAUCUACAGCUGCCCUCCCCGAACAGAUACUGAUGGCGUCAGUCAGGAUACUUCUGCAAAGUUGCAUGCUCACACAUUGAGCAGCUCAGACUUAUUGAAGCAUUUGAAAACACAAACACUACAACUGAUUAAAGUGGAGUCAGAGACCUCUAAUUCGCUGAACAGUACAUCAGCCUCUUUAAGAACCAAAGGGAAAGUCUUAGAGUCCAGACCUAAUUCAAGCAUCUUUGCUACCUCUUCAGUGAAGACCUCAGUUUGUCACAGGUGGAGUAGUAACUUGAAACUUAAGGAUGAAAUUACACCAAAAUGUAGUUCUUCAAAACGGCGGAACUUGAGCGUUAAGAGAGAAAAUACAGAAGGUCCGUCCAAAUUCCAUGCUUCCAUGAUGUGGUCAACCCCACCGCCAAUGAAGAUGGCAGCCAUGCUGUGUUUUCUAAAUACUAAUAAUCAGCUUGAUAUGAACAGUAACAUUGUUGCACACAAAGUAAGUAACAGAGAUCAGUGUACAGUCACGUCUGCUUUUUCAGCAAGGCCAGUACAGUCCUCGAACAAAAGAGAAGCCAUCCAUUCAGGUGAAGAUGGACACAGCUCCAAAGCAACAGCCAAACAUCCAAACAAACCACUCCAGCAUGACACAAAGAGAACAUUCUUAGAAGCCAAACUGUCUCUACCUGUAACAUCAUCAUCAGGUACAGUCUGUAAGGAGGCAAUGAAUUCAAAUCACUCGAAACACAAUCAAACAAAUACAUGCAACAGAUCAACACGUACCAUCGGCAACAUAGUAGAAAAAACAAAUGGUAUAGUCAGUGAAAUGAUUAACUUGCAGUCUUCCACUGAAGACACUAGUUCAGCUUCGAGCCGUGAUAAAAAACCAGUGGCUGCAAUAGAGACGAGCACAACCCCAAAGUCCAACAUUUCUAGACUAUAUAUAAAACCUGUGGGCAGGCGAUGUGUUUCUACAGACACUGCAUCGUCUGUAGAUUACAGCCCCUUCUCUGUACAGCAUAAGAUUAAGUCCUUUGAAAAUCUGGCUACUUUAGACAGGGUCAUGCCUAAAAACAGUGACACUCCCUCUUAUGCUGUGAUACAUAGGGCCUCACUUAGCCAAAGGAUUUCGGGUUAUAUGGGAUUAGUAAAUUCUAUGGACUCCCAGCAACAACAGAGGAGAUUCAGUUCCUAUAUAAAGUCCACAGUUCCAACCACUACUUCCUCAACCUUUCUUUCCAAAUCAUUUUCUAGCGUUACACUACUAAAUGUUGGACUUGCACCGAUGAACUGUACCAUGGCCUCUCUGACAGGAGGUGGGGGGACUCAUGUUGAGAAAGACUUGGGUGGGGUUGUACCACAAACCCCUUCAGUGCUGCAGAGGAAAUGGAGGAAUAGCAGCCUUGCAAACAACAGAUUGCGGCAGCUGAGGGCUCUCAGUAUGCCUGAGCUAGAAAAACUUUUCACAGAGAACAUCAUCAGUGGAGCAAGUACACGCACAGCUAAAACUGAUUCUAGCAGCAAUUCCAGUACAUUUAUUGAUGUCCCAGUACCUGGUGUCAUUCCGCCAUCUGCAUCUCCAUCAAUAUUGGAUAAAACUUCUCAGAGACAUCCAAGAACCAGUGGAUCUAGCUGGUCCAUCAGUUUGAAGGAUUUGGCUGCUUCUCCUGUGAACCAGAAUAAGCUGAAUGCAAUGUUGCCCUCCAUGACUCUUCAGUCAUAUGUUCUGGCACUGCUUCAAGAAGCCACUCCCACCACUGAGGGUAGCAGUAAUACUCACCUUGUUGUCCUGGUUAAGGAGGGAGGCUCAGGACUUGGUUUCAGUAUUGCUGGUGGAGUCGACCUCGAACAGAAGACAAUAACUGUUCAUCAGGUCUUCCCCAAAGGUGCAGCCAGUCUUGAAGGCACAAUCCAGAGAGGUGACAGGAUUUUGUCUAUCAAUGGCACACAAUUGGAUGGUAAAACCCAUGGAGAAGCUGUGUCUUGCCUUGAUCAAGCGCGACUGUCCUGUCAAGUUUUAGUAAUUAUUUGGCAACACAAGGAGAGCGCGGUGAGCAUUUCUGACAGACAAAACACAGUCAAUCUGCCAAGGACCACCUGCUCUGUCAAAUCUUCAGAGGGUGCCUUAGGUAAGCCAGAGGCCAAACCAGGCAAAUUCACAUUAGUACAGAGUUUAAUAUCAAUUUGUUCAUAAAUGGUGAUUUAAGUUCCACUGCAAUUGUUGUUAGUUUUGCUUUUCUGUCAAGAACAACACAUU